AUGUCUGCACCGGAUCCAAAGGAAGCCUGGUCGCGCAUUCAGAAUGAACUCACACGACGAAGCGCUCGAUUCGGCGGCGCGGGCGGCGGCGGACCACCGAAGGGUGUCUUUGGAGGAAUCGGAGGGCUGAUACUCAUCGGUGGUGGAAUAUGGAUGGCCAACAACGCCCUGUUCAACGUCGAUGGUGGCCACCGAGCAAUCAAGUAUACCCGAGUAGGCGGCGUUCAGAAGGAAAUCUACAGCGAAGGAACCCACUUCCGAAUUCCAUGGUUCGAGACCCCCAUCACCUACGACGUGCGCGCCAAACCACGAAACGUCGCUUCCCUUACUGGCACCAAGGACUUGCAGAUGGUCAACAUAACCUGUCGUGUACUCUCAAGACCGCGGGUAGAGUCUCUACCGCAGAUCUACAGGACACUGGGUACCGACUACGAUGAGCGCGUUCUGCCAUCCAUCGUCAACGAGGUCCUCAAGAGCGUGGUGGCGCAAUUCAAUGCUAGUCAACUCAUCACACAGCGUGAGAACGUCAGUAGGUUGGUACGAGACAACCUGGUCCGGAGAGCAGCGAGGUUCAACAUCAUGUUGGACGACGUUUCCCUGACACACCUCGCCUUCUCUCCCGAGUUCACCGCCGCCGUAGAAGCCAAGCAAGUCGCACAGCAAGAGGCCCAGCGUGCCGCUUUCGUCGUUGACAAGGCCCGUCAAGAGAAGCAAGCUACCGUGGUUCGCGCUCAGGGUGAGGCCCGCUCCGCCGAGCUGAUUGGUGACGCCAUCAAGAAGAGCAGGAGUUAUGUCGACCUUAGGGAGUUUGAGAACGCAAGGAACAUCGCACAGAUCCUGCAACAGAGCAGCAAUAAGGUCUACCUUGACAGCAAGGGUCUUGGUCUGGACAUCAGCCAAACCUCGGCGGACAAGGAGCAGAGGGCGAACAGGAAGUAA